AUGUCGCACAGCGGACUGGCCUAUGCCGCGUGUCCCAUGUGCACCCGAGUCGUGCACAUGGGACAGAUGCUGCACCACAUUCUCUCUACGCACAAGGAGCAGGACGCGGCGUACUGGACGCGUCUGUGCUAUUCACGACUGGCCCUGUACGAGCGAGUCACCGGCGCUCCGCUCGAGGGCACGGAGGCUGUGCAUGGCACUCCACUUGCAAACGGUGCCGUGGGUGUCGCCGAUGCCUCCGGAGCUGAGGCGGUUGUGCCAGACGGGAUUUUUCUGGCUACUUCUCGGAGCGCGUAUGACGAGCUGCGGCCAUACUUGCCGACUGUCUCCGAAUCGGGGGCCUACACGUGUAACUGGUGCGCUGUUAGAAGCGCUGCCUUUUCGAGCCGCGACGCUUUUCUCCUCCACGUUGCCAAGGAUCACCCGAAGCUCGACUUUGACGUUGUGGAGUCACUUGUUCCUCAGCCUCCCACUGCCUCGUCUAGAGCAGCACGCAGCAACGACGCAGAUCCAUCCGCUGCGAGGACGACCGUGUCUGAGGAUGAUGUCGCGAUGUCGGACUCAUGGACGCCACAGCAGCAUGGUGGCGCAGGAUCUGUUGGCGCGGCUUCCAACUCACGGUGGGGGGCGAAGGAGCUGCUAGACGUAGCGAGUCCGGUGCGUCGCAUGCCUGGCGUACGCACCGUGGAGGAGACGAACGUCGUGGUCGCCAAGUUGGAGGCGCGCCAACUGGGCGUCAGUGUAGGGCGCAUCGGUGAGAAAGUGUUUGAUCCUGCCCCAAUCUCCACUGGGGGCGGACGGUCACGGGCCGCCGUCUUCGCCGUAUCCAAGGCCAGUACUACCACAUCGGCGAGCGACCUCCACUUCGCUGAAGACCGCUUCCCGUGCGAGCUGUGCUACCGCGUCUUCUUGUCGGAGCUGAACCUCCUGCAGCACCUCGAAAAGAAGCACACCACCACCACCACCUUUGCCUCUGCGAAAGACGCCGCAUCGCCAAGCGACGCUGGUGUAGAACAACCAACGUCUCCCAGCACUGUUGGCACACCUUCGCCAGGUGCGGCGUCGGCAUCGUCCGCGGAGAUACUUGUCAUGUGUGAUCACUGUGCCGAGGGAAAGAAAAUCUUCCGCUCAUCGUCUGCUCUAUUUUCGCACAUUCGCUUCCGCCAUCCUGCGGAAGAUGCGGCCUACGAAACAGAGCGGAUGAUCGAGGAGCAGAAGCAGCGUCGCGUGCACCAAUGCCCGCAGUGUGGCUAUCGCUUCCCCGAUGCAGCCAGACUUGACGUGCAUAUGCGUGACGCACAUCGAGUUGUGGACCGUGCCAGCGAGAGCAGCGUCUCGGGGGUGCCGCAGGCACUUGGCCCCGCUGCACUGAAGUCAGCGCAAUCGUCUCUCUUCUCAGCGCUGCCGCCACUCACGGCGCGAACACGAUUUUGGUGCAACGCGUGCGAGAGAGGCUUUUCAAAUGCGUCGGCGCUGUAUGCGCACACGGAGUCUAAGCACGUUGUCGUCGCACGCCUGUACCCCUGCCCCGCCUGCAAGCGUGAGUUUCGCGAUGUUUCGUCUUUAGAGCUGCACAUCAGCGUCUGCCACAAGAGCCUCAGCCUUCAAGAUAUGGGGAUUCAGUCUUCCGUGAAAUGUCCCGAUUGCCAGCGCCACUUCCUCGACCACGAGUCGCUGCACGAACACGCCGUUCGGCACCACGGCAAGAGUGUCAUUGCGCCAGUCCGCAGCUUCCUAACCCCUGCAUCGACGUUCACCACGGGAGAUGGAGUCGGUACUGCUGCUGCUGCUGCUGCACAGGUACCUGGCGCGAGCACUGACGCCUCUGGCAGCACGACGUCGCCCCCCGCCGUCUCAGCUCCACCGAAGCCGCGUAAACUGACUCGACGAAAGAAAGGAACGUUGGCAGACACCGCCGAACCCUAG